AUGGCCAUACUAUCGCAAGCGACGUUCCUUGACCUUGUCAAUGAUGGGAGCGACUUUGUAACUGCCUCGGAUGUCUUGGUGGCGGGAGCUGCGGUCGGGCUGCGUUUUCCGGACGGGUUCCAGUUCGGCGUGGCCACCGCGGCCUACCAGGUCGAGGGGGCGUGGAACGUGAGCGCUACGGUCGGGCUGCGUUUUCCGGACGGGUUCCAGUUCGGCGUGGCCACCGCGGCCUACCAGGUCGAGGGGGCGUGGAACGUGAGCGACAAGACCCCCAGCAUGUGGGACGACUGGACGCAGCAGAACCCCCACAAGAUACCAGACGGCAGCACGGGGGACGUGGCCUGCAACUCAUACAACAAAUGGCCGGAGGACAUCCGAAUGUUGAAGGAUCUGGGGGUGGAUUACUACAGGUUCUCAAUAUCGUGGCCGCGGCUGCUGCCCACCGGGCUGCCGAACAAGAUCAGCCAAGAUGGUGCCCGCUACUACAACCAGCUCAUCGACGCGCUGCUCCGGAACCGGAUACAACCCUACGUCACCAUCUAUCACUGGGACAUGCCCCGGAGGAUAUAUAACAUGGGUGGCUGGCAAAACCCGCUGAUGAUAACCUGGUUCGGCGACUUCGCCCGCGUGGUGUUCAGCCUGUUCGGCGACCGCGUCAAGACCUGGCUGACGAUCAACGAGCCCGUCCUCGUCUGCGACGUCUCCAGCCAGGGCUGGGGUCCGGGGAAGGAGGACCCUGAGAUAGGCAUUCAUCUGUGCGCCAGACACGUCCUAUUGGCCCACGCCAGGGCUUAUGAAAUAUAUGGCGAGUUCAGAGAGAGCCAGAAAGGGCGGCUGUCCAUCGCCAACCAAUACAUGUGGCACGAGCCCGAGGACCCGGGAGACGAGCACAUCGCAGAACUCGUUCGACAGUACAUGAUCGGGCGCUACACGCACCCCAUCUUCUCCGCGGAGGGCGGCUGGCCCCCGGCCGUGGAGCGGCACCUGGCGAAGAACAGCAGAGACGAAGGACACGCGAUCUCCAGGCUUCCCCCCUUCAGUAAACAAGAGGUCGAGCGGAUCAGGGGCUCGUUCGAUUUCCUGGCGUUCAACCACUACACGUCGCAGGCGGUGCGCGCGGCGCGGGGGGGCGAGGCGCCGGGCGCGCGGGGGCCCAUGUUCGACGUGCGGGAGCUGGGCGCCCGGACCCGCGGCCGAGCGGAGUGGAGGGCGGCGGGGAACGGCUGGCUAUAUGUGUACCCGGAAGGCCUGCGCAAGCUGCUGGGCUGGCUGAAGCAGAACUACGGCGACGUGGAGAUCAUCAUCACGGAGAACGGGUACUCCACGGCCGCGAGGAGCCUGCAGGACGACGAUCGGCUGCAGUACUACAGGGACUAUCUGAAGCAGCUGCUGCUGGCCAUCAAGGAGGACGGCGCGAACGUGACCGCGUACACCGCCUGGUCGCUCAUGGACAACUUCGAGUGGGUCGACGGAUACACGUCCAAAUUCGGUAUAUACGACGUGGACUUCUCAGACCCCGAGCGAAAGAGAAGACCGAGGAAGUCUGCACUGUUCUACCGCGACGUGAUACGGACCAGGUCCCUGGAUGUGCCGGACCCACAUGUCAAGGAUGAGCUCUGAAUAUCGCUUCGUAAAGUAAUGCAUUUGUAAGGCCGCGGACUGGACGCAAGCGGCAUAUCACCUAAUGAUUCUCCGAGAAACUUUUAGCAGAUUAUCGAUUCGCCGAACAUCGUUCGCAGAGUCAUUUAUUUGUCAAUGUAACUUUUGGUCGACUAACGUUACGUAGACUCUUGGUUCACAUACCGUUAGUUCGCUUCUGUGUAAAUUAGCAGAACUAUUAUUGGACGGUUUCCAUUUGGCAGAGUAAUCGUU